AUGUUUGACUUGUCUCCGGGACAGUUUUUGGACUUUUCCUUUAGCCCAUCGCUCGGCUGUUAUGUAUUUGUCAACGAUCCCACCAAACUCGAUUCCACACAAUUUACCACCAGUGCCAAGAUUAAUGGCUUUAUGGGGGGCACCCACUACUUCCACAACGCGUUCUUUCCCGACAUGGAUUCCAUUCGAAAGGGGAUUGUCGUCAUGGCAGAAGCCGAGCAAUGGAGCUGGACCAAGAAACAAGACUUUCGAAUCAUACAGAAACAAUUUGAUGAGUUCAUUGGCGUCUACCCGUUUAUUGGACAGUGUCGAUUCUACAAUUCCGGCCUGGUAUUCAACAUGAUGGCCGCCAUAUUGCGACGAGUCCUACCCACCAAGCAGCUCCGGGACCAAUUCAAAACCGGAUACAGGUCGGAAAUUCCACUGCCACAGUACUAUCUCUUGCCGGAUAUGCAAACCGCAAAUCAACGGAUGCUAGACAAAAUGACCGAGACUCUGAAACGGCGCUAUGAAAAUGAACAAUCCUUUUCGCUUUUCACGUCACCCUUGUAUCGCAGAAGAAGACCUGGAGCCAACUAA